AGUGUAGCACGUGUGGAUUUUAUUGCUGUCAAAAAUGGGUAAAGCUGCAAAAUCAAAACGGAAGGGUGAAAGUAAAGUUAAAAUAAUGGUUGUGCCAUGGCGAGACAAAGAAGAAUUUAGGCAAGUGCAUGCAGGGGUAUUUUCUGAGGAUCUAGAGCCUAAACAAAGAGCAUUGGCAAAGAUGACUACAUGGCAAAGCAGGGCACUUAAUAAAUUGCCAAUUGCUAUUGAAAGUACCAUGGCAUUGUGUAGAGCAUGCAUAUCUCAUCAGCUAGCCAUACAAGAAGGAACAGUCCAUGAAAAUCACUUAAAGCUGGUGUAUGAAUACAGCAUGGGUAUUAUUAGAUUUGUUAACAACAUAACAGAGCUAGGACAGACUGGAAGAGUUAGAAUGGCAGUCCACACUAUUGCUGGCAAUUUUGGUAUUCCCAACUGGAUAGUUGAGAUGAGACACAGUGCCACACAUAGAUCUAUGCCCUCCUUGUCAGAGCUUACUGCAGGAACUGACUGGGUGUUAGACUGGCUCAAGGAGGACUUCUGGGAUGCACAGUUAAAAAUCAUGGAGAGUAUCAAACCUAAAAAAUCAUUUGAUUUGGAAGAAGAUAGGGAAUUUGUGGACAAAAUCAUCGAAAAAUACAUGGCAGAUACUCUAAAAGCCAUCAGAACAGGAGAGAAAAGUGUCAAUUGUUACAGUGAUUUACUCAGGUUACUGGAGCGACAUAAGUCCAGAAUGCUGUGCUGCAUAUUCAAGAAGGGACACUUCAUACCAACUCCUGUACAGUUAAGAGAGCUAAACAUCAGCGCAAGGGAGUUAAUGAGUUCACAACAUUUAAGGAUACCUGAUAUCUUGGGUAAACUGUGGGGGCCAUUAUUGAACAUCUUACACAGAAUGAAAUUGACCUCUGCCCUGGUACAGUUGAUGGUUACCAUGGUAACAGACAAAGAGAAUUUCCAGAAUUUCUUUUUAUGUAGCUGGUUACAUAGAAUCAUCAGUUCUAACUCCAUGAGUGGAAAUUAUGAAGAACGAAAUCUGAAAGCAAGCAAAAGGAAGCUAUAUAAAUACAGACGACACAUUCCUUACAGACUUAUUCUGGAGAAAUUACUGAGACAUCCCAGUAUCUACACACAGGUCAUCAUCAAACUAUUGCUCCCCCUACAAACUCCAGCUGUUACCCCGGCAACUAAGAAGAAAAUACACAAACUUCUGGAUGUUGUUUGUGGAAAAUCUACACAGAGUGAUUCAAGUGAAAAUGAUACACCAAUUCAUUCCAUUUUAGAUGUUGAUAAGUCUGUGAUAGGCUCCGAGAGUGAGGAAAGCUUACCCCAGGUCGGAGAUAUUCAGCAUCAGGCUCAGCAGUUUAAUCAGUCCCCAUGGACAAGAGAUCAAGAUAUCCUGAACUGGGAGCGUAUUCCCCUGGGUUCUCUAGAUAUGUUCCAAGGGCAGAUAACUCCUAUCUCAUGUGAUGAAUCUCUUGAUGAGAAUCCAGAUGAGGAAGAUUUUCUAUAUGAGGACGAACUCGGUUCUGAUCCAUAUGGUGUGAAAUUCAGGCAGCACAUUGAAACAUCAAACGAUGAAAAGAAUGGUCUUCAAAAUAAAACCAAGAUAUUAUGGACAGAUGAAGAAAUCAACAUAAUAAAGCAGACAAUGGACCUGAUUUAGAAUCAACAUUAUAAAACACACAAUGGACCUGAUUUAGAAUCAACAUAAUAAAACACACAAUAGACCUGAUUUAGAAUUUUUCAAAUUCAGAAAUGUAAAUUGUUAAAUGUUAAUUUUUCUGAAUUUCAUUCCAAUGAUGCCAAAGUAUAAUUAUUUAAUGCCUGCCUGUAAGCAGAGGGUCUGUUCAACUUCAUUCUCCAGGCCAUAUUAUGUUUGUUUAUAUGAGCUGAAUUGGUUUGGACAUUUUCUUACACAAUUUUAUUUAGAUAUUAAAGCUAUGUUGUUAGAGACUUAA